AUGCGCUUCGCCAAGUCACAGGAGAGAAAGAUGGGCAAGCCCGAGACUGCACAAGUUGUGAAGCCGAGGGGGCCUCAGAAGAGCCCAAUCAGCAAGAUCUGGAUCAUCGUCCUCGCUUUCGUCCUCUGCGGAGGUCUGCUCUUUGAGAUCCUGAAGCUGUUCUUCUAA